AUGCGUGUGAUGUAUGAGAAUUGUGGUCCUAAGCGUGGGCGAAAGCUCUUCUCUCUCUCUCUCUCUCUCUCUCUCUCUCUCUCUCUCUCUCUCUCUCUCUCUCUCUCUCUCUCUCUCUCUCUCUCUUUCUCCUUGUUCCGCGUGCACGACCGUUCAGACGGCGGCGGCGAGAGCCGAGUGGUGUUGGGUUGUGAGGACGGCGAAGCGGGUGUUGUGGGGUUUCAGGUUGAAAUGAAGAACUUGGCUGUGACGCGCCAAUGGCGCUCUGCUGCGGGCACGGCCCCCAACGUGGAGCAGCUGGCCAUCAACGUCGACACUGAAGGCCUCUACAGCGCCAGCAGCGGCGCGGUACACUACCACAAUGACGAGCUGACCGAGGUCGUGGAUCAGCACGAGCUUGUGCCCGAGGCCAGCCUUUGCGGUCCUGUCGUGGCCCUGCAGCACUUGGCCCUGCUCGAGUGUGUCAAUGCCGUGACGGCUCUGGGCCAGAUGUACAACAUCGAGCCCCUAUCCCAUGAGGUCGAGCUUGUCGGCGAGGUGCCUGGCGGCAUUGAGGCUGCUGCCUGGAGCCCCGAUGAAGAGUUUCUCGUCACCGUCACGUGCAAUCAGCAGCUCCUCAUGCUGACCAAGGACAUGGACGUUCUAAUUGAGACCCCGGCCCGGCCCACGGACUAUGGUCUGGAUCAGCCUGUCACUCUAGGAUGGGGCAAGGCUGAAACUCAAUUCCAAGGCAAGGCGGGCAAACUUUCAAGCCGCCCGCGCCAGGUGGAAGCUGCCGUGCCUUUUGAUGAUGGACGGGCACGCAUUUCCUGGCGUGGGGAUGGCGAGUUCCUUGCCACCUCCACCCUGGAUGAGGAUGCUCGAUCUGAAGGCCACCUCCGCAAGCUUCGCAUCUGGCGCCGUGAUGGCACCCUUUCUGCCACAGCCGAACGCGUGCCUGGCUUGGAGUCUUGCUUGGCCUGGCAGCCCUCUGGCAGGCUAAUUGCUACCAGUCAGCGACUACCCAGUGCCCACCACAUUGUUUUCUUCGAACGUAACGGUCUACGCCAUGGCGAGUUUGCGCUGCCGUUUGCACAGUCCGAGGUGCACGUUCGACACUUGGCCUGGAAUGCCAACUCGACCAUCUUGGCUGUCUGGCUCCAGCGCCUAGGCGAGAAUCAAGAGCCCACUGCUGAGAGCAUCUUGCAGCUGUACACAGUAGGAAACUAUCACUGGUACCUCAAGUUUGAGCGCCGCUUUGCCGCUGCGGCCAGCUUGGCCAGCCUACGCUGGCACUCAGAAGAUGCAAAUCGGUUGUACAUGGCGACCACAGAUGGUCGGCUGGAAGGUCUCGAGCUACAUCGUGCAGUGUCGCGUCCUGCCAUUUCGUCUGGAAUGGAUCAGGGUCAUGUGGCCGUCAUUGAUGGACCCAAGCUGCUCCUCACUGCCUGUCGCCAGGCCGUUGUACCGCCCCCCAUGGCUCAGCAAUCACUUCAGCUACCUGCAAGCAUCGUGGCAGUGGAUGUGCAAUCGUUUCCCACGACGGGGUGUAUGUUGGCCGCCGUAACUGCCGAUGGUCAAUUGACCCUGGGCCAGCUGGAAGCCAAGGGCGAGGCCACGCUCCAAGCAGCCCAGAUGCUGCCCGAUAACCUGGUGCUUGAUGGACGAUUGAUCGCGCACUUGUGCUUGCUCUCGGCCACGCGGGUGGCAGUGAUUGUUGAGCAAGGGCUUUGGGUCUUGAGCAUCAGUAGCACGAUUCAAGUAGAGCGCCAGCUUUCUCUGCCGGCACCGGUGACGGCCGUGACGGUUGUGGAUGGCACGCUCUUUCUUGCAACUCGCGAGGGCAAAGUUUUCCAAGUCAAUGCUGACGCUGAAACCGUGGCACCUAUGCCAACCCCCGCUGCAUCCCACACCGAGGACAGCCAGUUUGUGCAGUUUCCCGAACCUGUCUACGACUUGGCCGUCGUAAAACUGGGAGGCAACUGGCGCGCUCUCGGUCGAUCGCGCCGCAACCGUUUCUACGUCAAUGAAGUGGAACUGUGCAACAAUUGCAACAGCUUUGCCUUGCGGGAUGACUUUCUCUUGUUGACGACGACAGAACACCGCUUGCAUUGCUGGCCAACGACUCAAGACGUGACCGCUGAGACCCGGCUUCCCUCGCAAAAGGCGCACGAGUAUGAUGGGCGUCUGCGCGCUGUGGAACGCGGCGCUGAGUUGGUUGUUGUGCCUGGCCGAGAUAUCAAAGCCGUCUUGCAGAUGCCUCGCGGCAAUCUCGAAGCCAUCUAUCCGAUGGCGCUCGUGGUGUUUGAGAUUCGUCGGCUCUUAUCGCUGCAAAAAUGGCGCGCGGCAUUUUUGUUGCUACGACGCCACCGUGUGUCGCUCAACCUGAUGAUUGAUCACGAUCCAACCGCCUUUGAGUCGCGCAUUGACGACGUCGUGCGCGCCCUGGACAGCUCCGACUUUGUCAACCUUCUCAUCAUGGAACUCAAAGACGAGGACACAACGCAACACAUGUAUCUCCCACUUGAAACCGCCCACCAGGUGCCGGCCGAGGCCGCUUAUACCCGGGCAGGCAAGGUCAACAAGUACUGCCUUUUGCUCCGUGAGGCGUGCACGCGACUCGAUGAGCAGCGCUACCUACAUUCAAUCCUGACGACCUGUGUCAAACAUCAGCCGCCGCUGCUAGAGGAGGCUUUGCGUUAUGUCCUCAACCUGCGCAAGGAUGCGGGCGCACUCCCGGCGAGCACGGUGACGGGGAACGCAGGAGCCGAUGCCGCUCGCUCGGCACUGAAGUACCUGCUGCUACUCGUGGACGUUCAGCAGCUUUAUCGCGCCGCACUUGCCAGCUACGACCUCAAAUUGGCCCUUAUUGUUGCCCAGGUGGCACAAAUGGAUCCGCGUGAGUACGUGCCCUUUCUGCAGCGUCUGGAUACACUUUCUGAACCGCUGCGUGCGUAUGAGAUUGAACUCUUUCUCAAGCGCUUUCCUCGGGCCUUUGAGCACCUCUUGCGGGCUGGUCCAGCGCAUUUUGCUCAAGCGUGCGAACUCGUUGAGCGCCAGCAUCUGCAUGCGCAUGCGCUGCGACACUUGGCACAGGAACGGGCCACAAAGCCUGAGACGGCAGCCGAACUGCACCAGAUUCAGCGAGACAUUGCUCUGGCCUAUGGUGAGGUGCUUGUUGGCGCCAGCCAGAUGCGCGAGGCCGCUCUAAUGUUCAUCAAGGCUGAGGCCCUUGAUCGCGCGGCAGAAGUCUUGGUCGAUGCUGGAGCUUGGCGCCAGCUGGCCCCACUUCUGCCACAGCUUGCUCCGGCUCGGGCUGAUGAUCUGCGGGAGCGCAUGCGAGAAUCGCUGGACACGCUGCAAGCGCAUCGUGAGCUGGGGGCGUUCGUGGAACUCUGUUGUCUGCCCGUGUGCACCGAAAGUGCCUCGCAGAACCUGGCUUCGGAGGCGCUUGAGGCCUACUGUCAGGCUCGUGCAUGGGCGGAUGCGCUACGCUUGGCUGCCGUGGUGACGGGGGGUCAACACGCGGUUCAAACGGCCCUCGUGACGCAUCACAAUGGCCUGCAGCAGCAAUAUUCGGCCAUGUUGGAGCAGUUGCAGCGCCACACGAGCCGACUGGAUGCCGUGCGCGUGCGCAAGGUCGAACUCGCACAUGAGGAUGCCCUGGGCCUUUUUGACGAAGACGAUGAGGAUACGCUUUUCAUGGGGCGUGAUUCGGACCUCUUUAGCCAAGCCAGCAGCGUGAAAAGCAAGACAUCGCGCGGAAGCUCGCGCACUCGCAGCUCGCGCCGCUCCACUUCAAAGUCGUCCAAGGGCCGCCGUCGACACGAGGCUAAGAAGUUCAGUCUGAAAGAAGGGGGCAUGUUUGAAGAGGAGGCUCUUCUGCAUGAGCUGGCUCGCCUGGGGCGGCUCUUGGAGGAUGCCGCGGAUGCCGUUCGUGAGGCCUGUGAGGCGGCUGUGUCUCUUGACCUGUACCAGCUGGCUGACCAAACACAAGAUCUGUACAACCAGUGUCGCCAGCGCGCGCAGCGUUCGAUUAAUCACGCGUGGACGCCGGCGGCCAUGCGCCUGACCUGGCUCAUUGACAUGGGCGCGUCUCCGGUCAAGAGCGAAAGUGAUAUGCCAGCCCUGCUGCGCACUGCGCGAGGUGAGCGCGACCCAAGUUUGGAGACGCAAGGCACCACCAUGAUUACGGCCAAGGGUCGGCGAGCCGCCGCGCGGUCGCUGGCCGCUGAGCAAGAGGUCGAGUUUGCCGAACGGCCCCUCAAGCCUCGUCUGGCCGAAACCUCGAGUGUGGCGCUUGACUGCCUCACUCAUCCCAAGCAAGCGGCGGCCGCCUCCGCCGAGAAUCCGAUGGCCUAA